AUGGGGACAAACCUGCCUGCAGCCUUGGUCUGCACAGCAACCGCUGGAGUCUGUCAACUUACCCAUGAGGAGCAUGACCACAGAGACGCCCAGGCCAAUGUGACAAUAGCGAUUCUGACUGUAAUUUUGUUCUUGACUCUGUUAUUUGAGGUUGGACAUGAGGAACUCGUGGAAUACUUGGAGCACAAGCACCUCCAUCAUGUGUUGAAGGUUAUUGCAGCCAUCACCAAGGAGGUGACGGUACUUGGCUUCAUAUCUUUACUCCUAUUCUUCUCCACGCGGCUCGGGAUCACCAUGGCAAUCAAUGACAAGCUCCUCGGGCAAAGUGCCCUAGAGAAAGUUGGCAUAGAGGAACUGAAAGAAGAGAGUGGAAACCCUUAUGCAGCCCCCACUGUCGUAUUCGAGCUGUUCGAAAGCGCGCAUAUUCUAGUUUUUAUCCUCAUGGUUACGUUCAUGCUAGUCAUUCUUGUGCUGCUGUCCAUAUCUGUUGUCAAAGCGCGGGAAUGGAAGGGAUUUGACGGCAUGAGCCUAUCAGACUUUCAGCAGCUUGCCGAAAGCAAGAACGCCUCUGGGUCGGCCCUUCGCUUCUGGUACCUGCGUCAUAGAAUCAUGAAUCCCACCACUCCAUUUGUGCCGCACCAAGAAGGGCAGUUCUGCUUCGGAGAAUUCCUCGCAGAGCAGCUGUCUGGAACGCUCCUACGCAUGGUGGAGAUACCAGUUUCUACGUGGUUGCUGUUCAUUCCAAUUGUUCUUUGCGUUCGACCGCUCCUCGGACUUGAUCCGACGCCUCUUGUGGAGUGUCUUCUUUAUGCCUCUGGAGGGCUCCUCUUUCUCAACCUUUUUAUCUUUUGGAGGCUCGAAACCAUCGUCAACUACCAUGUUCCGAGUCACAACGAGAUCAAGAUGUACUUGCAGAGCUUAGGACUGCCGCGGCAGCCGAUGGAGCUGCCCGGCGCUCCCAUAGAUGCACUGCCGCCAAUCACAAGGAACGGCACCCUGUGCAGUCUUAUCAGGGGAACGAGGAUUAUGAAUGCUCAGGAGUCUUUGUUUCUUUUGGGCCCAAGAGGUAUCUCGGCCUUGAGAACCAUCAUUCAGCUUUCCCUUUCCCUUCACAUCGUGGCUGUCACAAUCAUCGUGAAGCUGCUGCUCUCCCCCCACUACCAGCACAUUAUGUUUGCAGUACUGGGUUACUGGAGUGGCAUUGCACCUUUGCUGAUCCUGGUGUUCAGCAUGGGCCUCUUCCCUGUCAUUGCUACUGAGCUAACGUUAAUUAGUAACAUUGGCGCUCUCGCCAGCCGGCAGGCGCUGGAGGAGAGCGCAAAGCGGGUUCAGCUAAAAGUGUUGGAGCGGCAGUUCCAAAUAUUGCAAUUCUUGCGGCACAAGGCGGAUAUUCAUUUUGCUUCCCAGCCUGGGCGGGCGCGGGAUGAAAUUGAGGAAGCCAAGCAGCUGUACGACACGCUUUCCCCAGAAAUACAAAAAGGCUAUCAAGACGUUUUUCAUGCUUUUGCCGAGCUGUCGGCACAACCGCGAAUCCCCCUAAAGAAUAUUUACACGAUGAUCAACGCUUUUUCAUUGAGUGAACGAAUACCCGACUGCAAGAAAAAAGCCGAAGGCUGGGUCACAGCCUUGGAUCCCUCUGGCAGCCUUACCUACCCUGCCUUCACCGCUGACUUGUUUGAUUAUCUCGACGAGGACGCCGACGGCUACAUAACAGUGGACGACUUGCUAGAAAGCCUUGCUGGCCUCAGACCAGCCGCCUCGAUGGAGGAAGUGGAGCAGCUCGUUGCAGCAAUAGCCCAUGGCAGCCGGGGAGAACUGAUUUCUAUGCCUCAGCUGGUCCUCUGGAUCGAAGACAUGGAAGAGAGGGCAAGGGAGUUUCGACCCAAAGGCUCUUCUGGCCACUGA